GUUUGUUCACUUUCUUGUUUUCUCCCCCUCUCUCUCUUUCUUCAGAAAAGCAUAAAGAAAAAAAAACUCAUAAUAUUCAAAGAAAGAAAGAUCUAUAUAUCACAAUGGCAGAUCAACUCACAGAUGAUCAGAUCUCUGAAUUCAAGGAAGCCUUCAGCUUGUUCGAUAAAGAUGGCGAUGGUUCCAUCACAACAAAGGAGCUUGGAACUGUGAUGAGGUCAUUAGGCCAAAAUCCAACAGAGGCAGAGCUACAAGACAUGAUAAACGAAGUCGAUGCUGAUGGUAAUGGAACAAUCGAUUUCCCUGAAUUUCUAAACCUUAUGGCAAGGAAAAUGAAAGACACAGAUUCGGAGGAAGAGCUGAAAGAAGCGUUCAGAGUGUUCGACAAGGAUCAGAACGGAUUCAUUUCUGCUGCUGAACUUCGUCAUGUAAUGACCAACCUCGGUGAGAAGCUAACUGAUGAGGAAGUCGAUGAGAUGAUUCGAGAGGCUGAUGUUGAUGGUGAUGGCCAAAUUAAUUAUGAUGAAUUUGUUAAGGUUAUGAUGGCCAAGUGAAGCUUACCAAGAUUAUAUAUAUUACUACUGCACCUUAUAUAUGUAUAACCUUUCAUCAGUUCUCAUUUAUUUAUUCAAUAUCAUCAUUGGAAUGUAUUUGAAUAUUAAUAUAUACUUGAUGUGAAAUUGAUAUACAGGGUAUAUUAUAUAAUAAAAUUUGUUCUUUUUUCACACUCAUUCA